GUCAAGCUUACAGACUACACAUUCACAUAAUAAGACCGACUAUCUGUUUUUUUACUUGUUUUGACAGCUGUUUACUCUUUCAGUGGGCUUAUAUUGCCGAUAAAAAACCACCAUGAAGAGUUCCAUAAGUUUGAUCAUCCUAUUUUCGGUUUUUUCAGUUUGUUUUGCUUGGGAUCAAAGUGAAUUAGAAAUUUUUGACCUUGUUGAAGAAAUAAACCAAAAUUUUUAUGAUCUUCUUGGUGUGCCACAGAACUGCAGCCAAUCUGACAUCAGGAAAGCCUACAGAAGACUAUCUCUCCAGCUGCAUCCCGAUAAAAAUGAUGCCCCUGAUGCAGAGGUGAAAUUUCGUCAGCUAGUAGGAGUCUACGAAAUAUUGCGAGAUGGUGUCAAGCGAACCCGUUACGAUCAGGUGCUUGUCGAAGGCCUGCCAAAUUGGAGAAACCCACUUUACUACUACCGUCGCGUUCGGAAAAUGGGGAUGAUGGAGUUAUCCAUCUGGUUGUUUGUUCUGUUCUCCAUUGGACAGUAUGGAGUUGCUUGGGGUGCAUACAUUGAAAAAAAGCUGACUCUGAACGAAUUCAAAGAGAAUCAAAUGAAGAAAUUACAAAAGGAGAUCAAGAAAAAGAAACUGAAGACGAAUGAGGUCGAAAUAGAGGAAAAAUUGGACAAACUAUACGUCAUCCCAAAGCCCAGUUACAAAAAUACCCUCCCGUUCCAGAUAUUUAACAUGAUCAUAUCACUGCCCGCUGCUAUCCGUUGGUUAGUCAAGUACAAAGAGGAAAAAAGAAAAGAAGCUGAAGCUAAGAAAGAACAAGAAAGAUUGGACGCUGAAGAAGAAGAGCUCAUGAAAGAGGAAAUGGAAAGAGAAAAGGAAAUGAAGAAAUCUUACAGAAGAAAGCGAGCCGCCCCCCUGCCAAGUUAUUCUGGAGCAGCCGAAGAACGUGUUUUGGAAGUCGCUGUCGAUGCUUCAUCUCAGGGUGAAGAAAAACCUGUUGUUCCAUUGAACACUGGCCCUUGGACUGAUGAGGACUUGACAGAAUUGGCCAAGUUGAUGAAGAAAUAUCCAGUAGGAACGACUGAACGAUGGGAAAAGAUUGCAGAAGCACUGAAUCGUUCAGUCACCGAAGUAACGCAUUUUGCCAGAAAAUUGAAAGAUAACGCCUUCAGGCCACUUGAAGGUCAAGAAGGUGACGGAAUUGCCAAGGAGGAAGAAAGAGUGGAGAAGAAAAAGGAAAAGACCAGAGGAGGGAAAAAUAACAUUUUGUUGGCAGAACCUACACAGGCAAACUAUGGGAUUGAAGGAGUGGAAGAACAAACUCCUGGUAGUUGUGGCUGGACACAAAAGCAACAAAAAUCUCUUGAAACAGCCCUGGCUUGCUACACCAAAGGAUGCUCCGAAAGGUGGGAACGUAUUGCAAAGGCAGUGCCCGAUAAAACAAAGGAGGAGUGUAUGAUGCGAGUGAAAUACCUAUCAGAUUUAGUCAAGAAGAAGAAGCAAAUGGAAGAGGAAAAACUGCGAGCAGAACAAGAGCCGACACAAUUAAACGAAAAGCAGGACUCGGAAACGAUUCAGACGACAUAGGCUUUAUAACAAAUAUAAUAACACUAUUAAUUAUCGAAA